CUCACUAUAACUACCACCCCUCCUUCCCAUCACCACAGAUGCUACCAGUGGAUCUCUCCUCUGUCCUACCUCUCUCUCUCUCUCUCUCUUUCCCCUCUGUCUCUUCUUCCAUUAAGCAACCAUGUUCUCUUCUUGUAAACAUUGUUUAAGCCCUCUACGAAAGUGGGUCCUAACCUUUAGUCAGCAAAUCAAGUCCCUGAACAAGGUCGAGAUACGCAAAAGAAGAAAACCCAGGAGAUUUUCUUCCGGUUUCAACUGGAUUACUUCAUCAAUCACAGCCAUGGAAGUGUCUAACCAGCUGGAGCAGGUGUUUAGGCUCAUCGAUGCCAACGGCGAUGGGAAGAUAUCUUCGUUAGAGCUCGGGGAGGUGCUCCUGUGCCUUGGGUACGAGAAGUCAAGAGCUGCCAAGGAAGCUGAAGGAAUGGUAAGAGAGGUGGAUUGUAACGGCGAUGGGUUUAUUGACUUGGAAGAAUUCAUGGAGGUCGUCGGCGGUUACGACGAGGUGGGAGGCAGUGGCAGGGAAAACGAGCUCAUGGAUGCUUUUCUCAUUUUUGAUACCGAUAACAACGGUUUCAUAUCAGCUAAGGAGCUGCAGAGAGUGCUAGUCAGCCUUGGAUACAGUAAGUGCAGUCUCGAUGAAUGCUUUCUAAUGAUCAGAGCAGUCGAUAUGGACGGUAAUGGGCUGGUGGAUUUUGAAGAGUUCAGAUCAAUGAUGACAGGAUGCUAUGCUUAGGUUGAAGAUGAAUUUGGAUGAACUGAUGCUCAACCUUUGUAAUUGAGAGAGCUGAAGCUUCUAAUUAAUGGUGAUGAAGAAUGAAGAUAGAAGAUCCUCCGUUCUACAUAUACGGUAAGAAGAUGAACCGUCUAUAAUUGCUGUAAAUGUAUGUAUCUACAAAUAAUAAAAAAGAGUGUUGAUAGAAAACUGUGAGAAAUUCUGAGCAUAUAAAAAUCUGUAAUCGUUAGAGAAGAUUAGACCCACGAGGCCACAACUUAAUUUUCUAUUGGUUAUUGUGCCUUUUUAGAGAUAGACUUGUAGGCCGGAUGGAUGUAGAUGUAGUGAAGUAUGUAGACUGUAUAGUUGGGGAAUUACCAACCCGAGCUUUGUAAACCAGACUGAGUACUUGAUUAAUCCGGCCAUUUCAUUAAA